AAUGCGCAGAUGUCAAAACAGGAAUUAAUGGCGAUUUGUUGAGGAAAAUAGUCGGCGAUUUUCCUAUUUUCCUUCCGACCGGGCCGUCUGAAAUCAAAGGACUUAUUGUUCAAAAUCACAAUAAAGCUAGCUCGACUUCGUGUUCGACUCCUUAAAUACGGGAUUCAGUGCAAAUAUAUGUUCUGAGUGGCUAUUUUAGUGAAGUGGAGUAUUCUUGAGUUUAUUCUUAUCAUUUUUGGAUGAUUGGCGCCCCGAUUGGUUUUUGGGGUAGUGAAGUGUUUGGCUGAGUUUCGCAGAAAACAUGGCUUGGGGUUUUGUUACUUGCGGUCCCAACGAGGCCCUCGUUGUUUCAGGAUGCUGCUACAUGAAGCCUCUUUUGGUUCCAGGCGGUCGAGCGUUUGUGUGGCCAACCAUCCAACAAGUGCAAAGGAUAUCUUUGAACACAAUGACAUUACAAGUUGAAAGUCCAUGUGUUUACACAAGCCAAGGUGUUCCGAUAUCAGUGACUGGUAUUGCACAAGUGAAAAUUCAAGGACAAAAUGAAGAUAUGUUGCUGACAGCAUGCGAACAGUUUCUCGGUAAAUCCGAAGCUGAAAUUCAACACAUUGCUCUCGUUACGCUGGAAGGUCAUCAGAGAGCCAUCAUGGGAUCAAUGACAGUUGAAGAAAUCUAUAAAGAUCGGAAAAAAUUCAGCAAACAAGUAUUUGAAGUUGCAUCCUCCGACUUAGUGAAUAUGGGCAUUACAGUUGUUUCGUAUACAUUGAAGGAUAUUAGGGAUGAAGAGGGUGAUUCUAAGGGAUACCUUAAAUCAUUAGGUAUGGCGCGAACAGCUGAAGUAAAACGAGAUGCUCGUAUUGGAGAGGCUGAAGCACGUUGCGACGCACAAAUUAAAGAAGCUAUUGCUGAAGAGCAACGUAUGGCUGCACGCUUCUUAAACGAUACAGAGAUUGCGAAAGCUCAACGAGAUUUCGAAUUGAAGAAGGCCGCCUACGAUGUUGAAGUACAAACGAAAAAGGCGGAAGCUGAAAUGGCUUACGAGUUGCAAGCGGCGAAAACAAAGCAACGUAUUAAAGAGGAACAAAUGCAGGUGAAGGUGGUCGAACGCACACAGGAGAUUGCUGUUCAGGAGCAAGAGAUGCAGCGUCGGGAAAAGGAAUUGGAAGCAACUGUGCGACGACCAGCUGAAGCAGAAAAAUACCGACUAGAGAAAAUUGCGGAAGCGAAUAGAAAUAGAGUGAUUUUGGAAGCGCAAGCAGAAGCGGAAUCGAUUAAAAUUCGUGGAGAAGCUGAAGCUUUUGCGAUAUCUGCUAAAGCAAAGGCAGAGGCAGAACAAAUGGCUGAGAAGGCUGAAGCCUGGAGAGAAUAUCGUGAAGCGGCAAUGGUCGACAUGAUUUUGGAUACUCUACCUAAGAUUGCAGCGGAAGUUGCGGCUCCUUUAUCACAAGCCAAGAAAAUCACAAUGGUGUCUUCAGGCCAGGGAGACGUGGGAGCUGCUAAACUCACCGAAGAUGUGCUUCAAAUUGUAAAUAAAGUGCCAGAAUUGGUUAAAUCUAUAACCGGUGUCGACAUUGCCAGGUCUUUGCAUGCUGGCUAAAUGCUUAAAAGCAGAACAUGUACACACGUACACAAAAAUGAUAUUUUACCCAAAACAACAUUUACUUGGGAUUGCAUUUCAAUUAUAUAAGCAAAAUUCUUAACAAAUUUGUUCAAUAUUUGUACGAAAGCCUUUUUCAAAGACAUUCUACAAGCGAUAAGCGUUGUAGACAAGUCAAUAUACUCAAUGGCGUUACAAAUUCCACACUAAAAUACAUAAACCGUGGUUGAAUAUUCUACACAUGAGAUUCUCGAUUUGUACUACUUUCACUCUCUGUGUUGUUUAUUUCAGAUAAGAAAAGGUUCUUCUAAAACUUUAUACAAAACAUUAUAAACAGAACAAUCAAAUAGUCUUUGAUACUUAUACAAGCAUAUACGUUUGAGUUGACACAACAAAAUUAAACAAAGGAAUACCACAAAACAUGUUCUAAGACCUUUAUAAGAAAAAAUUAACAAAAUAUUUGGUGUGUUCAUAUAAUGUAUUUAAAGAGUAAAAGAAUAAAAAGUAAAAAUAAACAAAAAAAAACAGAAGAAGAAAUCCUUAACAACAUAUUUUAAUAGCGAAUUGUUUAAAGAGAUUAAAUUGUGACCUUUUGAGCAAUUUAAUAUAAAAAAGAAAACUAAGGAAAAAUUCGAGAAUUAGAAAAACUUCUUUCAAAUGUAGCUUUCUUAUUAUGUAUUACCAAAACACUACCUUUACGAGGAAAAAAUAUGCAUUUUUCUGUUCCAAAGAUUUAGUAUUUAUUAAUUGUAUAAAAGAAUUUUUGUUCGGUUACAAAGGGUAAAUAAAAAAUACUCCAUUAUAGAA